CCCCAGCUGCUCCUGAGAGCCAGUCGCUCUCUCUUCAUUCCCCAUUUUCUUUCCCCGGGUAACAGCACAGGACUAGUUGUGCCCUGCCUGCACUGAUGAAGAUAUUUUCUCUGGAGUCUCCUUCUUUCUAACCCGGCUCUCCCGAUGUGAACCGAGCCGUCGUCCGCCCGCCGCCGCCGCCGCCGCCGCCGCCGCCCGCCCCGCAGCCCACCAUGUCUCGCCGCAAGCAAGGCAAACCCCAGCACUUAAGCAAACGGGAAUUCUCGCCCGAACCUCUUGAAGCCAUUCUUACAGAUGAUGAACCAGACCACGGCCCUUUGGGAGCUCCAGAAGGGGACCAUGACCUCCUCACGUGUGGGCAGUGCCAGAUGAACUUCCCAUUGGGGGACAUUCUUAUUUUUAUCGAGCACAAACGGAAACAAUGCAAUGGCAGUCUCUGCUUAGAAAAAGCUGUGGAUAAGCCACCUUCCCCUUCACCAAUCGAGAUGAAAAAAGCAUCCAAUCCCGUGGAGGUUGGCAUCCAGGUCACGCCAGAGGAUGACGAUUGUUUAUCAACGUCAUCUAGAGGAAUUUGCCCCAAACAGGAACACAUAGCAGAUAAACUUCUGCACUGGAGGGGCCUGUCCUCCCCUCGUUCUGCACACGGAGCUCUAAUCCCCACGCCCGGGAUGAGUGCAGAAUAUGCCCCGCAGGGUAUUUGUAAAGAUGAGCCCAGCAGCUACACAUGUACAACUUGCAAACAGCCAUUCACCAGUGCAUGGUUUCUCUUGCAACACGCACAGAACACUCAUGGAUUAAGAAUCUACUUAGAAAGCGAACACGGAAGUCCCCUGACCCCGCGGGUUGGUAUCCCUUCAGGACUAGGUGCAGAAUGUCCUUCCCAGCCACCUCUCCAUGGGAUUCAUAUUGCAGACAAUAACCCCUUUAACCUGCUAAGAAUACCAGGAUCAGUAUCGAGAGAGGCUUCCGGCCUGGCCGAAGGGCGCUUUCCACCCACUCCCCCCCUGUUUAGUCCACCACCGAGACAUCACUUGGACCCCCACCGCAUAGAGCGCCUGGGGGCGGAAGAGAUGGCCCUGGCCACCCAUCACCCGAGUGCCUUUGACAGGGUGCUGCGGUUGAAUCCAAUGGCUAUGGAGCCUCCCGCCAUGGAUUUCUCUAGGAGACUUAGAGAGCUGGCAGGGAACACGUCUAGCCCACCGCUGUCCCCAGGCCGGCCCAGCCCUAUGCAAAGGUUACUGCAACCAUUCCAGCCAGGUAGCAAGCCGCCCUUCCUGGCGACGCCCCCCCUCCCUCCUCUGCAAUCCGCCCCUCCUCCCUCCCAGCCCCCGGUCAAGUCCAAGUCAUGCGAGUUCUGCGGCAAGACGUUCAAAUUUCAGAGCAACCUCGUGGUGCACCGGCGCAGCCACACGGGCGAGAAGCCCUACAAGUGCAACCUGUGCGACCACGCGUGCACGCAGGCCAGCAAGCUGAAGCGCCACAUGAAGACGCACAUGCACAAGUCGUCCCCUAUGACGGUCAAGUCCGACGACGGCCUCUCCACCGCCAGCUCCCCGGAACCCGGCACCAGCGACCUGGUGGGCAGCGCCAGCAGCGCGCUCAAGUCUGUGGUGGCCAAAUUCAAGAGCGAGAACGACCCCAACCUGAUCCCGGAGAAUGGGGACGAGGAGGAAGAGGAGGACGACGAAGAAGAGGAAGAAGAGGAGGAAGAGGAGGAGGAGGAGCUGACGGAGAGCGAGAGGGUGGACUACGGCUUCGGGCUGAGCCUGGAGGCGGCGCGCCACCACGAGAACAGCUCGCGGGGCGCGGUGGUGGGCGUGGGCGACGAGGGCCGCGCCCUGCCUGAUGUCAUGCAGGGCAUGGUGCUCAGCUCCAUGCAGCACUUCAGCGAGGCCUUCCACCAGGUCCUGGGCGAGAAACAUAAGCGCGGCCACCUGGCCGAGGCCGAGGGCCACAGGGACACUUGCGACGAAGACUCGGUGGCCGGCGAGUCGGACCGCAUAGACGAUGGCACUGUUAACGGCCGCGGCUGCUCCCCGGGCGAGUCGGCCUCGGGGGGCCUGUCCAAAAAGCUGCUGCUGGGCAGCCCCAGCUCGCUGAGCCCCUUCUCCAAGCGCAUCAAGCUCGAGAAGGAGUUCGACUUGCCCCCGGCCGCGAUGCCCAACACGGAGAACGUGUACUCGCAGUGGCUCGCUGGCUACGCGGCCUCCAGGCAGCUCAAAGAUCCCUUCCUUAGCUUCGGAGACUCCAGACAAUCGCCUUUCGCCUCCUCGUCGGAGCACUCCUCGGAGAACGGGAGCUUGCGCUUCUCCACGCCGCCCGGGGAGCUGGACGGAGGGAUCUCGGGGCGCAGCGGCACGGGAAGUGGAGGGAGCACGCCCCAUAUUAGUGGUCCGGGCCCGGGCAGGCCCAGCUCAAAAGAGGGCAGACGCAGCGACACUUGUGAGUACUGUGGGAAAGUCUUCAAGAACUGUAGCAAUCUCACUGUCCACAGGAGAAGCCACACGGGCGAAAGGCCUUAUAAAUGCGAGCUGUGCAACUAUGCCUGUGCCCAGAGUAGCAAGCUCACCAGGCACAUGAAAACGCAUGGCCAGGUGGGGAAGGACGUUUACAAAUGUGAAAUUUGUAAGAUGCCUUUUAGCGUGUACAGUACCCUGGAGAAACACAUGAAAAAAUGGCACAGUGAUCGAGUGUUGAAUAAUGAUAUAAAAACUGAAUAGAGGUAUAUUAAUACCCCUCCCUCACUCCCACCUGACACUUCCUUUUUUCACCACCCCCUCCCCCAUCGCCCUCCAGCCCCACUCCCCCGUAGGAUUUUUUUCUAGUCCCAUGUGAUUAAACAAACAAACAAACAGAAGUAACGGAAGCUAAGAAUAUGAGAGUGCUUGUCACCAGCACACCUGUUUUUUUUUCUUUUUCUUUUUUCUUUUUCUUUUUUUCCUUUAUGUUCUCACCGUUUGAAUGCAUGAUCUGUAUGGGGCAAUACUAUUGCAUUUUACGCAAACUUUGAGCCUUUCUCUUGUGCAAUAAUUUACAUGUUGUGUAUGUUUUUUUUUUUUUAAACUUAGACAGCAUGUAUGGUAUGUUAUGGCUAUUUUAAAUUGUCCCCGAUUCGUUGCUGAGCAAACAUGUUGCUGUUUCCAGUUCCGUUCUGAGAGAAAAAGAGAGAGAGAGAGAAAAAGACCAUGCUGCAUACAUUCUGUAAUACAUAUCAUGUACAGUUUUAUUUUAUAACGUGAGGAGGAAAAACAGUCUUUGGGUUAACCCUCUACAGACAGAAUGGACAGCACUGAAACGAAAUCUCUAUGAGCUAAAUGUCUGUCUCUAAAGGGUUAAAUGUAUCAAUUGGAAAGGAAAAAAAAAAGGCCUUGAAUUGACAAAUUAACAGAAAAACAAAACAAGUUUAUCCUAUCAUUUGGUUUUAAAAUAAGAGUGCCUUGGAUCUAUGAAAACCACGUUGAUGGUUCUUUCUACUUGUUAUAAACUUGUAGCUUAAUUCAGCAUUGGGUGAGGUAAGAAACCUUAGGACCUAGCAUAUAAUUCUAUAUUGUAUUUCUCACAACAAUGGCUACCUAAAAAUAUGACCCAUUAUGUCCUAGUUAAUCAUCAUUCUCCCUUUAGUUUAAUCUUAUAAGCAAAACUGAUUAUACCAGUAUAAAUGCUAUUUUGCUCCUGGUGAGAGCUUAAAAGAAACGGGCUGUUUUGCCCAAAGUUUUAUUUUUUUUAAAUGAUGAUUAGAUUGAAUGUGCAACGUGCAAAAGCCCUGGAAUACAAUUAAAUGCAUUAGUAAGGAAUUCAUUUUAUGAAGAUAACUUGUUUUAAAUAAUGUCUGUUUAAGAAAAUUCUGGCACCAAAAGAAAUAGAUCCAGAUCUAUUUGGUUGUCAAAGGGACAAUCAAACGAUAAACUUUAAGACCUCGUAGACCAUAUUAAAAACAAGAGACUGACGAUAAGGUUUGACAGAGGGUAACAGGAAAAAAAAAUAUGUGAUCUUUUAGCACAAUGUGGUACUAUUUGCCAUUUUAAACUAGAACAGGUGUAUAAGCUAAUAUUGAUACAAUGAUGAUUAACUAUGAAUUCUUAAGACUUGUGUUUAAAUGUGACAUUCUUAAAAAAGAAGAGAAAGAAUUUUAAGAGUAGCAGUAUAUAUGUCUGUGCUCCCUAAAAGUUGUACUUCAUUUCUUUUCCAUACACUGUGUGCUAUUUGUGUUAACAUGGAAGAGGAUUCAUUGUUUUUAUUUUAUUUUUUUAAUUUUUUCUUUUUUAUUAAGCUAGCAUCUGCCCCAGUUGGUGUUCAAAUAGCACUUGACUCUGCCUGUAAUAUCUGUAUCUUUUCUCUAAUCAGAGAUACAGAGGUUGAGUAUAAAAUAAACCUGCUCAGAUAGGACAAUUAAGUGCACUGUACAAUUUUCCCAGUUUACAGGUCUAUACUUAAGGGAAAAGUUGCAAGAAUGCUGAAAAAAAAAAUUGAACACAAUCUCAUUGAUGAGCAUUUUUUAAAAAAAAAAACUAAAAAAAACCUUUGCCAGCCAUUUACUUGACUAAUGAGCUUACUUACUCGGACUCAACAUUGCAAGCGCUGUGAAUGGAAAACAGAAUACACUUAACAUAGAAAUGAAUGAUUGCUUUCGCUUCUACAGUGCAAGGAUUUUUUUGUACAAAACUUUUUUAAAUAUAAAUGUUAAGAAAAAAAUUUUUUUAAAAAACACUUCAUUAUGUUUAGGGGGGAACUGCAUUUUAGGGUUCCAUUGUCUUGGUGGUGUUACAAGACUUGUUAUCCAUUUAAAAAUGGUAGUGGAAAUUCUAUGCCUUGGAUACACACCGCUCUUCAGGUUGUAAAAAAACAUACAUUGGGGAAAGGUUUAAGAUUAUAUAGUACUUAAAUAUAGGAAAAUGCACACUCAUGUUGAUUCCUAUGCUAAAACACAUUUAUGGUCUUUUUUCUGUAUUUCUAGAAUGGUAUUUGAAUUAAAUGUUCAUCUAGUGUUAGGCACUAUAGUAUUUAUAUUGAAGCUUGUAUUUUUAACUGUUGCUUGUUCUCUUAAAAGGUAUCAAUGUACCUUUUUUGGUAGUGGAAAAAAAAAAAAAGACAGGCUGCCACAGUAUAUUUUUUUAAUUUGGCAGGAUAAUAUAGUGCAAAUUAUUUGUAUGCUUCAAAAAAAAAAAAAAA